AUGUAUUCUUCUUCUUCUUGGGGAAAGAAGGAAACUGGUGGGGUUGUAGAUAUAGAAGAAGAUUUUAGAGUUCUUCUGGUGGAGAGACACAUUGAUAUUGACCCGAGAUGUAAACGGUGUGGAGUCUCUGAAUCUAUUACUCAUCUACUGUUUCACUGUCCGUUUGCUCAACAGGUAUGGCGAGGGGCCCCCUUAGCAUUGGACUUUGACCCUAGAGGAAUAGUAGACUUAGAGGAACGUUGGACAACACUCUGUGCAACGCCUUGCCUACCUCCAACAGGUGUAGUUACAAGUCCCAUCUUCCCUUGGAUCAUCUGGAUAAUAUGGAAAGAACGCAACAAGUUUGUAUUCAAUGGAGUCACGGUCUCACCCACGGAGGUAAUUACGAUUGCGAUCAAAGCGGCAAAGGAAUGGGAUCAGAUGCUAUAUACUGACAAGGGACCUUCACUGAGAUCCCUGAUGCCUGAGACCCCAAUGACAGCCUCGGUAGUGGUUCGUUCGGAUGCAGCUUGGCGAAAAGAAGAUAAGAAAGCAGGGCUUGGAUGGAUAGUACAAACGGCAACAGAGAUCCGCCGUAUGAAGAAACCUGUGUGGCACGUAGCUUCCCCUUUAAUGGCGGAAUGCCUGGCUAUAAGAGAAGCUCUGCUUUAUUGCAGAGCGCAUGACCUCUAUUCUUCUAUCCGAGUUGAAUCUGAUUCCUCCCUGUUGAUUAGUGCGAUUAAAAGGAAGGAGUCGCUUUCGGAGAUACAUGGUGUGCUCUCAGAUAUUGCAAUGCUGAACUCUCAUCCAUCUUUUAAUCUCUCUUUUCACUGGAUUCCUAGAAUUCAAAAUGUUGUUGCUGAUUCCUUAGCUAAAGAAGCUUUAUGUAUGGUUGAGGGUGUUAUGACACUCACCUAA